CGGACAGCGGCUGCAAAAGUGGACGGUGUCAGAUGCGAAAUUUCACAAAUUGGUGCAGGGAAGGGUCGAAGAGCUGGAGGAAAGAGCCAGGAGAAGGAAGAUGCGCCUAGUUUUACUGCAAAACAGCAGGAGAGCAACUGGAAAUAAAUUGAAAUCUUCCAAGUCGUCUCUUGCAACAACAAAAAUGCAGGAAAAUAAGCUACACCAUGACGAAACACUUCAUCAGCUCCAGCAAUCGAUCAGCUCCUGUAUCAAAUGCAAAAAUGUCUGGGUCUGGAAGGAUGCAACUUGUAAUGCUAUUUUUGGAUUCUAAGGGCGCACUGCCAACAUCAUCAUCAUGACAGGCAAUAGGAGUCCAGUUUUUGCCACGUGGAGAGGGCAUUUCUCAUGGAGGAUAGGCAUCAAGAAGCACUCAGAAAAUCUGUGAUGCUAGGGCAUACAUCACAGCCGUCAUGGAUCAUGCAAAACGUGCAUGACAAGUCUUCCAAUCUUCCAGACCCAGACAUAUUUGCAAUGCAUAUCCUGCAAGAAAUUGCUAAACGACACGAUGCACCGGUGGGUGGGAGCGCAAAUCGACCCGUGGGGAGAGCAGGUCGUUGCCAUGCACGCCACCGCGAACGGAAAUUUGAUACCCUUUAUGCUCUGCAAAAGUAGCGUGUUCGUACUAAUUGCAAUCAUGCAUGAAAAAUCUUGUUUCUUAGCCAAAUCAGCAUUACACACUCCAAUUUUCCUUCUGAAAAGAUUUGUGUUGCGAUUUAUACUAGUACGAUGCUUUUGCAAUGCAUACCCUUUGUGUGGGAGCGCAAAAUCGUGGUGAAAACGUCGUCUAGUUCCGGAGGACCCGGAGGAACACAGAAGGUUAGGAAAACGAAAACAUCGAUAUCAGAAUGAAAAAUGCCUCCACCGCCGAACUUGGGAGCAUUUCUGUUGCAAACCUCUCCAAAUGAAACAUUCACCCUCGUGCAUCUAUCAGCAUCACAGAUUUCCAAUCGCGAGAUCAUCCCCGCAAGAGCGGCGCUUGUCAUGCAAGCGAUGCGAUAUACGCCUAGGAGACUCUGCAUCAGAAAGAUUCAUACUCCUUUCAUGCAUGACAAAAAGUUUUCAUUUGGAAACUCCGCAUCACAAACUUUGUGGGUCUGGGUAUUUUUCACUAUAAUAAUCUAGUGUGUGGACGCUAAAGCCGGACGUGGUCCACGCCUGGGCCGAGAUGUCUGAGGAAAACUAUGAACUGCAAAAGUAUCGUAUUUUUGUAAAUGCAUUACAAAUUUCCUCAGCAUGAGAAAUGCAAUUUGUAAUGCGGAUUUUCCUGAAGAAAAAGAUUUGUAAUGCGUGACUGCAAUUAUACGAGUGCGAUACUUUUGCACAGGAUAAAAACCGGUCGAAGAUCAUUCUGUCCGCGCGCCCGACCUGGGACCCCCUGGGUUGCAGCUGUUUACUACCCUACCAGGAGAAGCGGUUUGCUGGUGGUAGUCUUCUUGGAGAACGAGAAAUAAAUGCAAAUGGUGAAG